GUCGAUUCACCACGUGACAGUUUUAUUAUUCAGAGGUGACGUCAGUAGCAUGUUUUGAUGACGCGUGUGAUGAAGAGGAGGGGAGAGGAGCUCUCUCACGUGUUUCUGUGUUUCUACGUUCCCUUCAGACCUGAAGCAGCAGAUCUGAGAUCUGCUUCAAGAACCAUCAGCUGUGAGCUGACGACAGCAGCUGAUCAGAAAUGUGUUCGUUGUGGAGCCUGAGGCCGCUGCUGACGUCCCUGUUUCAAGCCUCCCAUCAUGCCUCUGCCUGGACUGGGCCCCUCCUCUCCAGGACGAUGGCCACCCUCAACCAGAUGCACCGGCAGGGGAAGCCCAAACCGCCUCCUAAAGCCGUCGGUGCCACGUUUGGCCGUCCCCAGCUGAAAGCGGUGAUCCUGAAGACCAUGAUCCGAAAGCCCAAGAAGCCCAACUCCGCCAACAGGAAGUGCGCUCGGGUGCGGCUGUCUAACGGGAAGGAGGCGGUGGUGUUCAUCCCCGGGGAGGGGCACAACCUGCAGGAGCACAAUGUGGUGCUGGUGCAGGGCGGGAGGACACAGGACCUGCCCGGGGUGAAACUCACCGUGGUCCGAGGCAAAUAUGACUGUGCCCACGUGGUGAAGAAGAAACAGUAGAGCGAGAGAGCGGAGCGUUCAUUCUCAGCUGUUUUCUAAAUGUUUGUGCUCUUUACUUUGUCAUCGUCACGUCAAACACACGUGGAAGCACAAAGACACAGAGACACUGAUUCUCUGUGGUGCUCGUCAGAUGCUGAAACAUUUGUCUGUUCAGACUCGAGUCGGUCCAACACUGACCCCGGGUCAUGAUGCUUAUGUCACAGAUGAAUUAUUGGAAUUAUCCAAUGACUUUGUCUCAACUUAUAAUUUAUGAAUUCAUGUUUGAGGAAGAAGAAUAAAGAUGUGUCCCACAGAUUGUUUUUAUUAAAGCUGCGUGAAAUGUUUAAAUCUCCAGUGAAA